UCUUGUCAGGUGUUGCUUGUGAUGUAGUUAGAUUUCGACCUUAGUUUCUUUUCAUAUUCUCCAGAAUGAUAAAAAUAAAAAAGAGAGGACGAUAUGCACAGACUCUGCUAUAAACUAAGUACUAAUUUAUACUCCAUUUUCAUUUGGCUUUAUUUAUAAAUUAAAGUGCAUCAACAAAAAGUUCAUAUAUUUAGUAAAGUAAAUACAUCAACUGUUAUUUAUAAAUAAAGUUGAAUGGAUUACUAUAGAUAAUUGGAUAACUUAAAUAUGUGGUUAUGAGUUUGAUGUGUAGAAGAAUAUAUGUCAGAUAUAUGAACCCUUUAAAUAAAUAUUUGUAACGCCAAAAAUUAGUCAUUAACUUUUAAGGAGAAUACCGUGCCAAAAAAAAGUACUUACUAACAAGCAUAUAACAUUUUCAUGCAUUCUUCCACCGUGACUCCAAUAAAUGAUCUUGAUUUCUCUCACCCAAGAUAGUAACAUAAAGUCCAUUAGGUGUCUUCUUACUUACUCUUAAACAACUUUGCAGCAAAGAAAUGAAAUACCUGUGAAAACCUUCCUUAUCCAUCAUGUGAAAGCUAUUAAGACUCACAUAAUUUCACACCAAAAUGUUUCAUUCACUACCACACCGCUCUUAUUCAAACUAUUCACGGUUCAAUAGUACCUUUCUUUUCUUUACUAAAGAAAACUCAAAAAACUCCAUUUUCAUAAUAUUCAUGCAGAUACACUUUAUCUCCCAACAUGCCAUUCUUUCUUCUCAAAAACACUUUAGGAGCCAAAAUGAAAAAAGGCAUAAGAACAUUCUGCAACAGUGAUGGAUCAACCUCAACACUGAAUCAACAAAAUAGUACUAUUGGCAAUAUUGGAGGUGACAUCACAAGUAGCAAGGUAAGCUCACCUUUUUUGCAAUGCGAUGAACAUUCAAAUUCAAAUUCGAAGCAGAACACACCGACACUCGAAGAUUUGAUACUACAAUUAGAAAUGGAGGAAGAGUUAGCAAGGAAAGAAAAGCUAAAUGAAUAUAGUGGAAUAAAAGGAAGAAUGUCAUGUGUUAACAACUCUGACAUAUUGAGAUCUGCAAGGAAUGCUUUGAAUCAAUAUCCAAGGUUUUCACUUGAUGGAAGAGAUUCAAUGUAUAGAUCAUCUUUUGGAACUAUAGAAGAAAGAAGAAGAUCGGUUUGUAGUGAGAAAAAUUUAAGAGGAAAGUUAGUAGAAGAGAAUGAUGAUGAUGAUGAUGAUAAGAAGGUUUUGUGCUUUCCACCAAAAGUUGCAGGGGAGAGAGUGGUUUGGUGUAAACCAGGUGUUGUGGCUAAGUUAAUGGGUUUGGAAGCAAUUCCAGUGCCAAUUGGUAGAAAAAGAUGUGAAAAUAGAGACAAGAAAAGUAGUGUUGUUGGUAGGAGGCAAAAUUUAAUGAGAAGGAGAUUUGAGAAGCAUGAUUUGGAGAGAAAAUUUAUAGGUAUGGAUAUGCAGGGUAAUUAUGGUGAUGAGUUUGUUAGAAGAAGAAAUAGGUCUGGUUUUUGCUCUAAAAAUAAUGGAUAUUGUAUUGUGAAACCUGUUUCUCUUGAAGCUAUGGCAGGAGGUCCUGCUAGUUGGCAACCAAAGAGAUAUGUUUAGAUUUUUUGUUGUUAAAUGAGUAUUAUUCGCGCGCAACUUCAUAGGCUAAUAUUUAAAUGGAUGACAAAUCACUCUCUCAAGAGUUUUCAGUAUGUUUAGAUUUUAGAAUGUGUAAUCUAAAACUUGCUAUUUAUUAUUCUAUUUUGAAGUUAUGCUGAUUAUAAUGCAUGUAAUGCCUCGUAAGGCUAAUAAUGAUACAAGUUUUUAAUUGUCCAUUUAAUUUUUGAUUUA